CACAUUAACCGGAAGAGCAUUUACGUUCCAAAAUUAAAACCGUUUGGGUGAGUUGUUGGUGUGUGCACGUCUUGAACAAAAAGGAAACUUAUGUGAGUUAAUUAUUGAUAGGAAAAAGCACCAACCACACGGCUGAAGCAAAAUGUCGAUUGUUGCUGACUUUGAUGAGAUCUGUCACUACCAGUCAGUGCUGAGCAAAGGAUGUGAACCAGAAUUCCUGAAGUUCACAAGGAAUCAAGAUUCCUGCAGACGUCAAUGGCUUGAUGCGAUGCAGAAGAGACUUCACAUGCAGGAAUUCAUUACCAAGGUUACAGCGGAAAAAGAUGGACUGGAUGUGAAACUCAAACUUGCCAGGAAUCAUAUUGAUACGGAAAUGAAAAGACGAACAAAAGCUGAGGCAAAAACGGACCAGUUGGAGCAACAAAUCAUGCUGAUCCGAGAACUACUCGCUGACAACAAGAUGAAUCAGCUGUCAGAGAAAGAGCGUGAAAGUCUAGCGUUUCUGAACGGGAUGGAGCAACAGAAUGGAGGUACUCCUGGAAGGAAUAGACUCUCUGCUGUACAUGAAUUAUCUGCUGAUCUUCUAUCACCAUCUGACGUAAGCUAUGACCAUACAGAAGAAGAUUUAGAUGUAUCGUAUCUACGAGGUGGCAAGACUUGGACUCGAUUUGCUUCCAAGAAGAGACCGAGUGCACCCCCACUAGAAGAUGAUACACCUCCUAAGAAAAUGAAGACAGCACAGUACAUGACAAGCCCUCUUCACAAACAGGACACAUCUGUUGUAACAACCACUGUGACUGUGUCACCAAGCGGUCCAAUAGUGACAUCUACUCAGGUAGAAACCGUCCCAAGACUAGAGAAGAGCUUUACUCGCCCUCCAGGACCAAGAAACCGUGGCAGACCAUCCAGAGAACUCCUCAAGAGUGGAGGUCACAAUGACUCUGACGAUUCAUUCUGGGGUCUUCCUGAGAACCAACAUCUGAAGGCAGCAUUAAACAACGGAACAGUGACCCAACAUCUUAAUCUUAGCAAACCUGUUAAGGUUAUCAAACAGAGACAGCAUUCCUUCUGCACAAAGACCAUCAUUAAGCCAGAGACAUGCAAAUCGUGUGGAAAGAAAAUCAUCAAGUUUGGCAAGUAUGCACUAAAAUGCAAAGAUUGUCGGAUGGUCUGUCACCCUGACUGCCAGGGCUCAGCACCAUUACCAUGUGUACCUGUAACUGUAACACCCAAGAAGGGUAGACUGAUGCCGACUAAUAUCCCACUCAGUGAAGUAGCACCAUCGACAUCUCCCAUGGUACCUGCCAUUGUGGUUCAAUGUAUAACUGAGAUUGAGAAACGAGGGAUGAGUGAAGAAGGAUUAUAUCGUCUCUCAGGAUCAGAGCGUAUCAUCAAAGAACUCAAAGAGAAAUUCUUGCUUGGAAAAGACCUUCAUUUUGAAAAAGUUUAUGACAUCCACAACAUCACAGGUUUGUUGAAAGACUUUCUGCGUAGUAUUUCUGAGCCUUUGGUGACAUUCAAGCUUCAUGAGACGUUCAUGAAAGCUGCUGGAUUAUCAGAUCCUGAGGAUAGCAUCACUUUCACCUAUCAAGCCAUCAGUGAGUUGCCGUUGGUCAAUCGGGAUACACUGGCUUAUGUUGUGCUUCAUUUGCAGAGAGUGUCGGAGAGCCGUGCUUGCAAGAUGAAUGUAGUCAACCUUGCUCGUGUCUUUGGACCAACCAUUGUUGGUCAUUCAUGUCCAGACCCAGAACCACUUGAGAUGCUCAAUGACACCAAGCUGCAACCCGCUGUUGUAGAUCGGUUGAUCUCGUUACCUACAGACUUCUGGAAGGCAUUUGUUAACCUUGAUACAGAGAAUACAAUGACAGGAGACAUGAAUGUUAUUCAUAAUAAACACUUUGGUACACCAGAGGCUGUGGUUUCAGGAGCCCAGUACAUAACCAUGUCAAAGACGCCCAGCAACAAGAAGUCUAAAAAACCUGAUGGUAACAGGUUUGCAGCAGUCAACACUCCCAACACUCGCAGUAAGAUGGGAUCUAAGACUCCAUCUAGUUCCUCUAUCAGUAAAGCAAGAUCUAUCUUCUCUAAAGCUUCACUCACUCCAAGGUUUGGCAGUAAAUCCGAGAAGUCUAAGAAGACGCAGUUCUUUGCUUCACCAACGCUGAGAUAAUCUAAUUGCUGGACUCCUUAAGUCUCUUCUGUUUUGUCAAAUGUGAUGACAGUUAUCCAAGCAGGCCUGAUACUUUACUGAGGCAUUCAUGCCCCCGGUUCAUUGCCUUGGUGCCCUUGAAAUGCUUACUAUGCUCCAGUACCAAUCAGGUGCCUUUUUAUCUAGGAGAAAAUGCCUUAGUGCCCUUUCAAAAACGAAGCAUACAGGUUUGUCUAAGAUACAAUGUGGGUUUUUUUUGGUCAAUUUGUUGUUGUUAUUGGGGGAGGUACUGGCAGAUAAAAGGAUGUUUUAUGACCUCUGCCUCCCAAACACCUCUUCUUAAAAAUGUCAAAUGGAGCUGUGGAAAAUUCUAAUUUGAUAUCAUGUAAUUCAGUGCAUCUAUUAACAGGGAUCAACUGUAAUCACAAGAUGUUUUGUAGCUAUGAUUCCAAAACAAGUUUCGUUGAAGUGAAAUACUCAGUCCAAGUUAAGGACUUACCACAAGUAGGCCAAUAUUUAUUUGUUUGUGCUUGUUGAUUUUGUUACACAUGAGGAAUUAUUGCAUUAGCUUUUGCAUGUCAAACACGUUUUCUCACAAAUUUUGUUUUGAGGAAUUAGAGUCAUUCUUGCACCAAAGAUACAAAAAAAGUAGAAGCGGCCCCAUGAUUUCUGCUUAAUCUUUGUUAAAUGAUACCAUAACACAGACCAAUUAAUAGGUUCCAGUUUUAAAUGUAAAGAUUCAACUUAAAGGCUCAAGUAAAAAGUAAAGAUAGUAAGAAACAAUCAGCAUUUGGUUUUAGUUCUAAAUUGCAGAAAAAUUAACAUACAGGGGAAUCUUCUUGAGAACAUUAUAGCAUUUGUGGAUGCGGGUGAAUUGUUGCUUGAUUUGUUUUCUACGUUUUGUCCUUAACAAAUUUGAUGAAGAAACAAAUUUGUGGAUGUUUAAAACUUUCAAAGAGUGAAGAUGAUUUCACAAAAAUUUGUGUCAGCGUUAUAAUUUGUAGCAUUCUCUUGUGUAAAUGUAAAUAUGUAAAAAAAAACAUUUGAUGGGGUUCCAUUUUUCGUUCCCUGUUUUCCUUUCUUUUGCUUUAUAGCUUAAUAAAUGUUGUUUAGAAAUACAUGUUAAGCAGAUAGGUACUAAACAUCAUUUUGCUUAGAGAGAAGAAAAGCAUUUUUUUUUCCUGGUGAACAACAUGAGCUAUAAACUAGAUUUACCCUUUUGUGUUUAUCUUCAUUACAGAUUAUUUUUAAGGGUGACACGCCUUUGCUCUCAUAGACAUUUUAACCAUGUAUGUGUUUAGCCGUUUAUGUGUUUAACCGUUUAUAAGAUAUGAAUAAAUGUAGGGAAGAAGUUACACUGACUUGCAUACAUGUGUCCUACUGUUGUAUUUAUUGUUGCCAUGGCAUACUGAAAGACUUCAAAUUACAUGUACAGUAUCUGCAAGUUAGUGGGUGUCAUUCACACUUUUUAUGUCUCCCUGGUUACAAAAAAAACACAGUCAAAUUUUCUUUGGAUGAAGUCAAAUCUUGGUCUUUGAUCAUUUACCCCUCCGUGUGCCUAGGAAACCAUUUCCAAGAAAGCUGCCUGGAGUCUUAUUACUCCAAAGUGGAUUUCCUAAAAUCCAGAUCCAAGAUUCAGACUUGAUUGUCGACAAAGUCUCACCCCUGAGAAGCAGAGCUAUCCCAUAAUGCAUUGUGAUUAAACUACAUAUACAGUAUAAUGUAUUCUGGUAAGGCAUAUUAAUUUAUCAAUAUACAUCCAAUGCAAAGGACUGGAGUACAUUGCAUAUAUGAUGUCCUAUGACGCGAUGUAGAUUCUAAAAUGAAUUCAAUUGUAACAAUUUUGUGAGUAUUUUAUUUAUGUAUUUUUCCAGAAGAAGGGUGUAGACUCUAAACUUAUGUGCCCUUCUCUUGGCACGUAGGUAGUGCAUACUAAACUGUCUCCUGACAAAAAAUGGG